CCUCCUCACCCACCACGAUGUGGCGGUACUCUCUGGCAACCUAACCUACCGCAGGAACACCAUCGAUAACAUUGUCUGGAAAGAGAUUGUUGGCUAUGACAGUACAAAUUGAACGAAUGCAAACGAAGAAGCCGCUCUGUAAAUUAUAAAGAAUUCGGUUGAUAAGUCGCAUUGGCGGACCCAAUUUAUUUUCACCAUCUAAGAUUAGCACCAAAGACUGCUGUCACCUAGUCAGGCUAGCAACUUGCUAGGAGCAAGCGCAGUAGUUCAUAUUUAGCCUGACGGCUAAUGCUGUUUGGCCAUUGUUGUUGUCAGGCGAACUCGUGAGGCUGGAGUGUAUCCCAUGAACUCGGAAAUUUCGUAGUGUGUGCAAACAUGUCCACCAUUUCGUUGGAUAAAGAACUCCAGGAGCGACUGAGAGAGGCGUCUGCAAUCGGGGACAUUGACGAAGUGCGGACGUUGGUCGAGAGUGGAGUCAACGUCAAUUCCCAAAACGAAAUCAAUGGAUGGACUUGCCUGCAUUGGGCAUGCAAGCGGAACCAUAAACAGAUUGUGUCGUACUUACUUAGUAGUGGUGCAGACAAAGACAUCCUCACAGCUAAGGAUGAGCUGGCCUCCCAGCUCACAUCGAAACCGGAGAUCAAACGGCUUUUAGGAGUUGAAGUGGAGGAUGUGCCUGAAGUCAACGAAUCUGAACUGCCAAUCAUCCCCAACUAUUUGUCUAAUCCUCCGUUCUUGUACGCAAAGAUGGACAACAAGAUGGAGCUCCUCCUUUCUCAGCACCUUUCACAAAAUGGGUCUGUGGAACACAUGGAGUCCAUGGACAGCAAUUCAGCUCCACUUUCUCCAACCAAGCACUUUCAGACAUCACAGAGUCUGACCCCUGAUGACUUGGUUCCGCCAACACACCCCAUCACUCACAGCCAAGUUCAGAGCCGGGAAUUCGUUCCAGCGGCUGAGCAAAACGGGGUGUCACCUGGCUCGGCCGCAUCCCACAACCAUACGGUGGUAAACUGCCCAGUGCAUGUGGAUCUGUCGGUUGAGCCUCACCUUGUCAACCAUGCAGCGUCACACAAUGGAACCAUGUGCUCACCUUCUUUGGCCUCACCCAGCCCAAGUUUGGCUUGCAGUAAUGGCAGUCAGGUCCAAACACCGGUGACCAACGCUAACCCGACAGUGAGCAGGCAGCAGUCUGUGCCACAGCAGAUAGGCUACAGCCAACCAGGCGGACCUUUGCCGGCCUUCCAGCCGUUUUUCUUCACAAGCACCUUCCCUGUCAAUGUGCAAGAGUUAGUACUGAAGGUGCGUAUCCAGAACCCCAACGCCCGUGAGAACGACUUCAUCGAGGUGGAACUGGACCGCCAGGAGCUCACGUAUCGCUCCCUGCUGAGGGUCUGCUGCCGUGAAUUGGACAUCAGCGCCGAGCACGUGGAGAAGAUCCGCAAGCUACCUAACACGAUGUUGCGAAAGGAUAAAGAUGUCGCCCGGCUGCAGGAUUUUCAGGAGCUGGAGGUUGUCCUAGAGAAAUCCGAGGGCUUGUCCCUGUUCUCCGGGACGGGGGGGCUCACUGACAGGCCCUGCUACAACAUGAAGGCCUCGCGCCUCACCUACUAGAGCGCCCCCGGUCUCCCUGCUUUUCACGGGCUUCGGUAGCCACAGUUGAGCUAACUAGUUGCCUGCCAGCGCCCCAAGCUUUCUUCAGCUCGGGCGCUCUUGUCACUUGUCUUAGCUGGAUUCCCUUUUCCCAAUUCUCAAGCUCUUUGUCCUCCCGCGGGCCCUUUUGCUGCUUUGGUGUUCCCAACUCCCGAGAUUACUGAUGCAUGGUGUCUUGGAUUACGAGAGAAAGUAAUUGGGCCUUUCUUUCCGUCGCCACCCGGUGCACCUCGUGCCAAGACUCCAGAGAGAUGACAGGAGUUUGGUAGCGGACAUGAGCUUGUCUUCCUGGGGUUUCUGCAAUAGCCUUAUAUGGACAUGUCCAAUUCCAAGCUGCGGAGCAAGGUGUGGCGCUCGAUUUGAUUCGCUGUCACCGGACAGUAGCUAUGAUCGAAAUUGAAGUGAUAGAACAUGUUCCAGCUUGCUAACGCACCGUCAUACAUGCUGUUGCUUCAACCUUAGUGUCUUUGCUGCAGAGCGGAGCUCGGUUAGCUGCUUUAAUUGUUGGUGUCUCUGGACAGAUCAUUUUGACAGCUGUCUGCGUGCGUUCCGACGUGAUGGAGAUGAAGAAACACUUUUAGUUUGUACUGUUUUCCAUGGGUUCCGAUUCCAAUUCGUAAAUAGUUGUUUUAAAUUCCCGGAUACCUCACCGUCUCUGGAGUAUGUAUAGUUUCUUUUUUUUUUUUUUUUUUUUUUGGAGUAACUGUCACUAACGAGGCCGGACCACGCGUUGUGCUUUCAACUAACAAGGCUCAUGCAGUAAAGCCACAUGUAAUCCCCCCCACCCCCCUUCUACUUCCACAGGUGGCAACUUACAUUGUACGAUAUAAGGAAGUGCCCUCACUGAGCUAAUUUGACCUGCUGAUAAGCAAACAACAGAAUAUCUCUGCAUCACAAAGGAUUGCAGCUCAACAGGUUUGUUUGUUUGAAUUGAGAAGCGGAGUGGAAUGAAAACCGCACCUGCUUAUUAUUCCAAAAGUACAAUGACUAAAAAGCUACAAUGAGGGUGGGGGUUGUCUUUCCUUGUUGCCACCUUUCUCGAUGGCGUUUUUUUUUCUUAUCGUUUUUUUUGUUUUUAAUGGUAGCGUUAUUGCAGAACAGAAGUCUGUUUAACCCAACCUAAAACCAAACUGACAAGAUGACUAUUGCUAUAAUUUUUGUUUUUUAAAUGUGAGGAUGGUCAUGCGUGUGUCGAGGACCUGAUGGCAAACGGAAAUGUUAACGCUGCCAAUACUUGGGCUCAUUUCCAGACAUUGGUGCUGUAGACUGCGCCGCGUUGUACAUCCUACAAAUCAAAAGGUUUCUUACCAGCAUCAUUUGCUUUUCACAUCUAUACCUGAAGCUCUUACUUUAUAUCUAUAUUUUUUAUUAAUUAGCACCGUUUUUUUUAAACCAGGUAGGCCUGUUGUGUUUGUGUCACAACAUUCAUGUCGGAAGUUGGAAGAAAGUGCUAUGUGAGGUAAAGACGAUGGAAAAGGCUUGAUGAAACCGCAAAUGUGAAGACAGGGUGAGAGCGUUGUGUUUAAAAUGAGUUUAUGGCUCACGUUUGAUUCUGUGAAAAAGGAGAGGACUAGCAAUCUUACUGGGUUUGUUUAUCGUUCUAGAGUUUGACUUUUAACCUAUGCAUCCAGAGUCUGAUAUUUUUCUAAAAGACGUGUCCCGUGUACUUGCAGACAUAAAUCGUAGGCACUGUUGAAGCUGUGUUUUUCGUUCUGGAGACCUGUACAUGUUCUUUGAUAAAGCAUGGUGAAUGACUUCCA